CCCCGCCCCCUCUGGUCGAGGCCUACGGCGGUGCAGGGGUGGGAACCUGGGUGCGGGUGCGCGCACAGUGUUUUGCACUCGGACGGACGCUAGGGAGCAGUUAUGCUCCAUUUGGUGUCUAGAUGUUCUGCAAGGCUCUUCUGGGCAUCUCCACGGUGGAGGAGGACCUACACUCAGGGAGCCUCAUUGAGGUUGAAGUGGCUGGGUUGCCCUCACCAUAGGUGCAGCCCCUUGGCUUGCAGAGAGUACUCCUCUGCCUCUGGUAGCCCUGAGGUGAUGCUGACCCCUGAGCGAUACCCUGUGCAACGCCUGCCAUUUUCUACUGUGUCCGAGGAGGACGUGGCUGCCUUUGAAUGCAUCAUACCUGGCAGAGUUGUCACAGAUCCAGAGCAACUGGAGGCAUGCAAUGUGGACUGGCUGAGGAGCGUCCGGGGCAGUAGUAAAGUGUUGCUGAGGCCCCAGACCUCUGAGGAAGUGUCCCAGAUUCUUAGGCAUUGCUGUAAGAGGAACUUGGCUGUGAACCCACAGGGAGGGAACACUGGCAUGGUGGGGGGCAGUGUCCCCGUCUUUGAUGAAGUCAUCCUGUCCACUGCCCUCAUGAAUAAAGUCAUCAGCUUUCAUGAUGUAUCCGGGAUUCUGGUCUGCCAGGCGGGCUGUGUGCUGGAGGAGCUCAGUCGCUAUGUGCAGGAGCGAGACUUCAUCAUGCCUCUGGACUUGGGAGCAAAGGGCAGCUGCCACAUGGGGGGUAACGUGGCAACCAAUGCCGGUGGUCUGCGCUUUCUGCGAUAUGGCUCACUUCGAGGGACUGUCCUGGGCCUGGAAGUGGUACUUGCUGAUGGGACCAUCCUGAACUGCCUGACCUCCCUGAGGAAGGAUAACACAGGCUAUGACCUGAAGCAGCUGUUCAUUGGCUCAGAGGGGACGCUGGGGGUCAUCACUGCUGUGUCCAUCCUGUGCCCACCCAGGCCCAAGGCUGUGAAUGUGGCUUUCCUCGGUUGCCCUGGGUUUGCUGAGGUUCUGCAGACAUUCAGUACUUGCAAGGGGAUGCUGGGAGAGAUCCUGUCUGCGUUUGAAUUUAUGGACGCUGAAUGCAUGCAUUUGGUUGGGCAGCACCUCCACCUGACCAACCCAGUACAAGAGAGUCCAUUCUAUGUCCUGGUUGAGACGUCAGGCUCCAGUGCAGGGCAUGAUGCUGAGAAGCUGACCAGUGUCCUGGAGCAGGUGCUGAACUCUGGCCUGGUGAGCGAUGGCACGAUGGCUACCGACCAGAAGAAAGUCCAGAUGCUGUGGGCCCUUCGGGAGAGGAUCACAGAGGCGCUCAGCCGUGAUGGCUACGUGUUCAAGUAUGACAUAUCCCUCCCCGUGGAGCGACUCUAUGACCUGGUGGUCGACCUACGCACCCGCCUUGGCCCUCGUGCCAAGCAUGUUGUGGGAUACGGGCACUUGGGGGAUGGCAACCUUCACCUGAAUGUGACGGCAGAGGCCUUUAGCCAGGAGUUGCUUGGUGCCUUGGAGCCCUAUGUGUAUGCCUGGACAGCGGAGCAGAGGGGCAGUGUGAGCGCCGAGCAUGGCCUGGGCUUCAAGAAGAAGAACGUACUCCACUAUAGCAAGCCCCCUGAGGCCGUGAGGCUUAUGCAACAGCUCAAGGGCCUGCUGGACCCCAAAGGCAUCCUGAACCCCUAUAAGACUCUGCCUGUUCAGGCCUAACUGUGGGUCACCGGAACCUUGGACGUGCAG